AUGUCACCUCCUAGACCUGUUGGAGUGGUAGGACAACGUUCUGGUCUUUCACCAGAUGCUGGGAAUAGUAGAAAUAGAGAAGGUAGAACACCUCCACCUGCUCCAAGCGCGGCUUUCGCAAAGAGGGCGCGUGAGAUAAGAGAUGAAGUGGGAGUUAACAAUGUUUCUCCUUUUACAACUUCAGAAACGGAAGAAUUAGAACAAGAAGAUCAAAUCAAGGAUACUACAGUGGAUUCAGUGGUUGUAGGUUUCAGAAGGGCUAGGGCUGGAACCCUCCCUUCUAGUCUUCCUGCUCAACGUCAUAUCACAGAAGAACCACCUAUGACUGCUACCCCUCAACUCACUCGUACUUCCGCACUUUCACCUGCUUAUCCCAAUUCUGCUCCAUCACGUCCUGCCCUUCGACACGCAGCGUCUUCAGCUGCUAAUUUAGAAACACCCACACAUGUCAAUCGUAUUCGUUCUGGAUCACUCACAUUGCUUUCAAAACCUUUAGGCAACGGUUACGGCGCUUCUUUAUUCGCACCGACCAUCUCCAAUCCAUCACGCUCACCACUCGGUAAAUCUGCACAGACCGAAGAGAGCGAUUUUGGCUUCACUUCACCUUCGGGUUCAGCGGCUACUCUGGGAACAGAAGAUCUUCAAUUCUCUACUCUAGACUAUCUCGGUUUGGCGGAAGGGGGAGAUGCUUUACUUCCACCAGCAUCAAUGACAGAACUUCGUAAUCAAACCCUUCGAGCUAUCGCAAAUAAUGGUCCUGUCAGUCGAUUGAGAGCUUCGACAGUCUCUAAUUUCAAUCGUCAGGCGUUUAGACAAUCCAGUUCAGCAACUUCUUACCCUCAAAAUCAUCAAGAGUAUCCGAAUGACGAAGGCAUGGUAGGGGCUAUGGAACAGAUGGGAUUAUACGAUUCUGGUUAUUAUCCGGAAAACGGUUAUCUAGCUGGGACAUUUAACUCUUCUAGUGGAUUAUUCAGAGAUAUGAAUCAUCGACCUAGAGCUACGACCAUUGGCGUGUUGGAUAAUCCUAAUCGUCGGAUUGGAAACUCUUCUCGAGUUGCGGGAGCUUUAGCAUCUAUCCCUCAAUCUCCAGUUCAGGCCAAUCUUGGAUAUUCAACGUUCCAAGCUCCCUAUGCCUAUGCACAUUCUCCAUCGGAUCGUAAUAUCAGUCGUUCGAGAGACAGCUCGAUGACCAGGGCUCAACGUCCCAGCAUCUCCUCUCAUACUUCCAGGACCGGCACGCCUGAUGUCGACAAGGGAUUCUCCACACCUCAAAUGCCCACCAGGAGUCUAUGGAUAGGCAAUCUAGAUGUCAGCGCUACCAACCAGUCGUUGCUUCAAGUUUUCAUGGUCUAUGGGGCUAUAGAAAGUGUUCGUAUGCUUCCUGAAAAAACAUGUGCGUUCGUCAACUUUAUGGAUAAAGCCGAUGCUGUCCGGGCCAGAGAUGACGUCCUCAAUCGUCUCGGUGGGCAUGUGCCCGCUCUCUCAGAGACAGCACCGGUUCGUAUCGGUUUUGGAAAGAUUGAUUCAGCUCCCACCGGAAUGCCUAGUAGUUCCGUGGCGCCUCCACCUCCUGGUCUAGUCUUCCCCAAUAGUUUGACUUCGGUGACUGUUCCCCCUCCUGUACCUGGCGCUGAAGAGUCUUCACCAGAACAAGGUGACGAGCAAAGCUCUCUUCCAACCCGAGCUUUAUGGAUCGGAAGUAUCCCUGCUACCACGUCUUCCUCGACAUUGCUACAGAUAUUCACUCCAUUUGGUCCUGUUGAAUCAGCCAGAGUUUUGAUGCACAAGUGCUGUGGUUUUGUCAACUUUGAACAUCUCGAUUCUGCCGUCGCUGCUCGUAGCGCUCUGAACGGUCGUGACAUUCUUGGUUCAGACAUUGGACCUGUGCGUAUCGGCUUUGCCCGAGUUCCCACCCGCUCGCCUGUUAUCGGAGGUCCAGAAGGGGAAGAAACUACGCCAAAGCUCGGCAGCUUAUCCGGUUUGGAAUCUGUCAACGGCGCCGACUCUGUGCCGACUGAACAACAGCUGUCCUCCGAGAACGGCGGGGUGGAGAAUUAUCGCAGUCCUUUGGUCAUCGACCUCGUCAAGAAUGGAAUUCACGAACAAGUUUUGGAGAAGGGUCUCGCUACCAAUGGGGUUGUUUCGGAACAACAAAUGAUCAUGCAGGUUCUGAGUGGAGAUGGAGCAGAGGAAGAUAGUCAUGUCCGUGCUGCGGCUGAGCCGAGAGGACCAGCAACCUACUACACUAUGAUUCCGGGCGUCCACGAAAGAUUAUCAAGGCGAUUUGAGGCUGCCCAUUUGAAAGAGCUCCGUCGACGAUUGGACGCUGGUGGAAUGACACAGGAAGAAAUCGAUAACGUUUCUCGGGAAAUGAUGGCCGAUGCGGCAGAACUCGCAAGUGAUUAUAUUGGCAAUACAAUCAUUCAAAAGCUCUUCGAACGCACAGACCCUUCACUUCGACUAGGUCUGCUAGAAAGAAUCGCUCCUCAUCUAGCUACCAUAGGUGUGCACAAGAACGGGACCUGGGCAGCGCAGAAGAUCAUAGAAUGCGCUUCCACUCCCGAAGAGAAGAUGAUCAUCUCUCAAAACCUCACACCUUUCGCUCCGCCUCUGAUGUGUGAUUCCCUCGGCAACUAUGUGUGUGCUGGGACGUUGAGGUUCGGGGCACCGUACAAUGAAUAUGUCUUUGACGCUAUGAUGGAUCGUAUGUGGGAUAUCUCACAGAAUCGGUUUGGUGCAAGGUGCAUGAGGACUUGUUUGGAGAGUCCUCAUACGUCUGUCUACCAACGAAAACGCAUUUCCACCGGUAUCAUCCUAAACUCGAUUCCUCUAGCUACGAAUCCUAAUGGCGCUUUGUUGCUUACUUGGCUCGUAGAUCAAUCCAACUUGUCGGGAAGGUACGGUCUUUUGGCCAAUCGUUUCUCCCCUCAUAUCGCCCAUUUAUGUACCCACAAACUUGCCUCUUUGACAGUUUUAAGAAUAAUAACUCAGACCGCUGAACCUGCCGCAUCAGCCAUUCUAAUCUCUUCCAUAUUCACCUCACCGAACGAUCAGACUCUCACGGAAAUCCUGAGUGAUGCAAAUAACGGUUCUCAAGUCAUUGGUAAAAUACUCGCUACCUCUACAAUUCUUCCUGAUGAAAAAUCCAAAAUUUUAGAAUCUGUCCGGCGUGUUUUACCCGAUAUAAAAGCUUCAAACACUCCACCUUAUCGAAUGUUACUCGAAGCUGUAGGUCUACCACUCCCUGCAGGCGGUAUGAACGGUUUCGUCCCUCCUGGUCGAUGGCAUCAACCUACUCAACCACCAUUCGGAUAUCAAAAUUAUUGUUAUGCUCAACCUCAAUAUCUCUCUCCGGUAGGAGGAAUGAAUCUUAAUCCUCUACUCGUUCCUCAGAAUAUGCCAAUAGGACAAUCUAUGAGAACAGGAACUACAAGUCCUCAUUCUAGAGAUAGUCCAAGAACACCUCAACCUCAAAUGAGAAGAGAUCCAAAUCAAAUGACAAGUCCAGGUUCUGAUCCUUUUAAUCCUUUUGCUUCACCUUCGAUCGAUGUUCCUUUCAUGCCUAUCGGUGGAAUGAGGGGCAUGACCUUUGAACAACAGCCUAAUAUGGGAGGAUUGGGUAUGAUGGGCGGGAACGCGGGACAAUAUUAUCAACAAGAUAUGCGUCAAAGUAUGUACGCUCAUGGUUUUCAAGCUUAAUCAAGUUUUCUACAAAAUAACAAGUAAAAGAAAUACACGAAAAAUGUUAUUUUGACAUACACAACAUUUUUCAAAGAAAUUAUGACUCUUGAUCGAGUUGCAAGUAUAACAAAAAAACAUCUUAUCCACUCCUACAUUCCAUUUCCACAUCCCACAUCCCACAUUGACGCCAAUGCAUUAUACGAAAAACAAACUGUACGAUACGAGAAGGAACGAUUCACACGAUAGAAGAAAUUUGCCAAAUGAGGAUGCUUUGCCAUGCCUUGCGAUGCUUAUUGCAAGAUACAAAAAUGAUUGAUGUUGUGAAGAACGACGGAGGACGCCUCAGGUAGGUAACGGAAGAAGGUUUGAAAAGAAAUGACAAAGAUUGCACAUUGAAUCCAGAUGAAGUUUUGCUAUUGUGUAUGCAUCUUGUGCAGUUG